AGUUUGUGCAGAAAUUGUUUCAUUGUAACUAAGAAUGGCGCAAAACUUGUAGGUCUAUGCGUUGUGAUUACCAUACAGAAAAAUAAAGUUGAUUGUUCAAUGGAUGGUGAAUAACCUGACAAUUGCAAAACAAUUGCAAACAAAACUCUGAGGACAGACCGACGAAAGUGUGUUUCAAGUGUGUUAAUUUCAAAAAUGUCGUCCAUCAAAGUAGAGUGCGUGAUUGACGAGAGGAGUUCGAUCGGCGAGGGCCCGGUUUGGGAAGAGAAGGAUGGAACGCUGCUUUUUGUUGACAUCACAGGCCAACGGAUCAGCAGGUGGAACCCCGAAACUAAGCAGACCGAGAGUAUGACAACGGAGAGGUGUGUGGGUGCUGUAGUCCCGCGGAGGUCCGGUGGAUAUGUCAUGGCAGAGGGAACUCGCUUUGCUGCGGUGGAUUGGGAGAAGAAGACUUCCACAACGAUUGCCCAUGUGGACGGCGACAAGCCCAACAACCGCUUCAACGAUGGCAAAGUGGACCCGGCUGGCAGGUUUUUUGCAGGUACCAUGGCUUUGGAAGUGCGGCCUGCGGUGUUGGAGAGGAAGCAGGGCUCCCUGUACACGCUUCACUCAGACCACACCGUGGUUAAACACUUUGACCAGGUGGACAUCUCCAAUGGCCUGGACUGGUCCACCGAUCACAAAAUCUUCUACUACAUCGACAGCUUGUCCUUCAUGGUGGAAGCCUUUGACUAUGACAUACAGACAGGAAGUAUCUGUAACCGUCGGAGGGUCUACGCCCUGGAGGAGGACGAGGGAAUCCCAGAUGGCAUGUGCAUCGACUCGGAAGGGAAGCUGUGGGUGGCCUGCUACAAUGGCGGGAGAGUGGUCCGCAUCGACCCGCAGACAGGCACACGUAUGCAGACGGUGAAGUUGCCUGUGGAUAAAACCACUUCCUGCUGCUUUGGCGGAAGGGACUACUCUGACCUGUAUGUCACAUCUGCUUACAAGGGAAUGGACCAGGACUACCUGGCAAAACAACCUCAAACAGGAUGCGUAUUCAGGAUCACUGGAUUGGGUGUGAAAGGGAUUCCCUCAAACGCGUUUGCUGGGUAAACCGGUGAACGGCGACUGUGAAAUCUGUCUGUGAUCGAUCUACGCUAAAUGAUAGGAGACGACACGUCAAAAUAAAUUUUCCUUCCCAU